AUGAAUAAUUUAAAUAAAUUUUUGACCCCACUAAAAAAUUUUCAUAAGCUAUCCCACACCAAAACAUUCAAUAGCCAUAAUAAUUGUUAUAGAUUUAUAUCAAGUAAUCAAAUAAAUACCAAGUGCUAUAGCAAUUAUAAUAAUAGUAUUAAUAGAUAUUUUACUUCAAACAAUAACAAUAACAAUAAUAAUAAUAAUAAUAUUAAUAAUACCACAAAAGUUAAUGAAUCAAUUAUUAAAGAAAAAAUAGAAACAAUAGACGAUACAAUAAAAGAAACAGAAAUUAAAAUGAACAAUAAAAAAAAUAACGAAGAUAAUAAAACUUUAAUUGAUAAAUAUUUAAAAAAUAUUUACGAAUAUCCAAGAUUUAGUUCAAAAUGGUGGUUAGAAAAAAGUUAUAUAUUUGCAAUUUUUGGUGUUACUGGUACUUCAUCACUCUAUGUUGUUAAGUUUUUACUAAAAUACAUUUUUGGAUAUCCAAAUCCAUCAAGUCUCGUCAGUAUUAUCACAGGAUCAGUGCCAAUGGAUGUCAAAUAUAGCAUUAUUUAUUUCCUAACAAUGUACACCGUGUAUCCAUUUAUUCUCUUGACCUAUGGUACUUUAUUUGGCAGAUAUCAAUAUUUUGUAAAAUUUUUCAAUAGAAUGUCAGUUUUUUCACAAAUCAAAAGGGUUUAUUUAAGACUUACUAAUAAAAAUAUUAAAAAAAAAUAA